AUGGAAGCGACGGUGGCUCCAAAGAAAAAAGACGCCACACCGGUGACUUUAGGGAUGGAAGAUAACAAUGAUGAGUGGUGCGAGAUCCUCCCCUCGUACUUUUCUGCUUCUCAAUCCCAUUCUGAUAAUUUGUUAACAGUUGCACACACUCUAUGCAUCUACUCUCUAUGCAUCUCAGGUUUCGUUGUUCCAGCAAUGAACCAAGAUUUAUCAACAUUUUCACCUUCGACAGCAAGGAGGAUUCACCAACUCUUGUUACGGUUCAUGGAUAUGCAGCUGCUUAGGGCUUCUUCUUCAGAAAUUUUGAUGCUUUCGACAAUUUGAGCUCUAAUGAUGGUUCACAAAAUGAUCAAGUUGGUAUGAAUUCUGAAGUUGCAUAUGUAAU